GACCCUUCUGGUUCCUGCGCGCAAUGCCACGUUAGUAGCGGCAGACACAAAACACAAGCUUGCAGUUGCUACCGUUACUCGAAAUUACACCGAUAUCCUCCGAUUAUUUGGUCUGUUUGCUACAGUUAAAUUACUUAUCAGAAAGCGCAGUCGACCGUGACCAUGUUGAAGUUUUUCCUACUCUGCACAUUGGCUGUGGCAAGCAGGGCUGAAAUCACCGAGGAAGAAGAUGUCCUGGUUCUGAAGAAAACUAACUUCGAGGAUGCGCUGAAAGCUCACCCAAAUAUUCUUGUUGAGUUUUAUGCCCCAUGGUGUGGUCACUGCAAGGCUCUGGCCCCAGAGUUUGCCAAAGCUGCGGGCAUGCUGAAGAAAGAUGGCUCCGAGAUCCGCCUGGGGAAGGUAGACGCCACCGAGGAGGCCGACCUGGCCCAGGAGUUCGGCGUCCGAGGCUACCCCACCAUCAAGUUCUUCAAGGGAGGAGAGAAGGAGUCCCCCAAAGAAUACUCUGCUGGCAGACAGGCCGAUGACAUCGUCAACUGGCUGAAGAAGCGCACGGGACCUGCCGCCACCACCCUCACCGAGGUCACCCAGGCCGAGUCCAUGAUCGCCGACAACGAGGUUGCCGUCAUCGGCUUCUUCAAGGACGUCGAGUCAGAGGGCGCCAAGGCCUUCCUGAAGUCCGGCGAGGCCGUCGACGACGUGCCGUUCGGCAUCACCUCAGACGACGCCGUGUACGCCAAGUACGAGGUGUCCAAGGACGGUGUCGUCCUCUUCAAGAAGUUUGACGAGGGCCGCAACACCUUCGACGGGGAGCUCACCAAGGAGAACCUGCUGGCCUUCAUCAAGUCCAACCAGCUGCCUCUGGUCAUUGAAUUCACCGAGCAGACUGCCCCCAAGAUCUUCGGAGGAGAAAUCAAGUCCCACAUUCUCCUGUUCGUGCCCAAGGCAGCCGCUGACUUCCAGGAAAAGAUGGACCAGUUCAAGAAGGCAGCCGAGGGCUUCAAGGGCAAGAUCCUCUUCAUCUUCAUCGACAGCAAGAUCGAUGACAACCAGCGCAUCCUGGAGUUCUUCGGCCUGAAGAAGGAGGAGUGCCCCGCCAUCCGCCUCAUCACCCUGGAGGACGAGAUGACCAAGUACAAGCCCGAGAACGAGGCCAUCACCGCCGAGAACAUCAUCGCCUUCUGCACGCUCUUCACAGACGGCAAACUCAAGCCCCACCUCAUGAGCCAGGAUGUCCCCGAGGACUGGGACAAGAACCCCGUCAAGGUCCUGGUGGGCAAGCUCUUCGAGGAAGUCGUCUUCAACCCCACCAAGAACGUCUUCGUCGAGUUUUACGCCCCCUGGUGCGGCCACUGCAAACAGCUCACCCCCAUCUGGGAGAAGCUGGGGGAGCAGUUCAAGGACAGCGAAGACAUCAUCGUGGCCAAGAUGGACUCCACCGCCAACGAGGUGGACACCGUCAAAGUGCACAGCUUCCCCACGCUCAAGUUCUUCCCCGCGGGCGACGACCGCAAGGUGAUCGACUACAACGGCGAGAGGACGCUGGAGGGCUUCACCAAGUUCCUGGAGAGCGGCGGUCUGGACGGCGGGGCGCCCGAGGGAGCGGAGGUGGACGAGGAGGUCGACGAUUUGGAAGACGUGGACGAUCAGGACGGCGACAGCGAGGACUCGGACGGCGAGGAGAAGCACGACGAGUUAUAAGGGCCGGAGAGAGGAGGGAAGAUCAACACCACCACCCCCCUCCCACCCCAACCCCUCCAACGCACCACCACCCACAAACCGUCAGCAAACCGCCUCUGUCCUGUGAACACUAACUUCUCCUUAAGCUACUACUCCCAUCAGUCAGCAGGCGCAGCAGGAACUCUGUCAGCCCUGAGGCCGACUCUCCAAUCCCCCCCUCCCCUACCUUCUGCUCCAGAUGGGACUCUUCUACACCUCCAUGCGAACUAUGGAACGGUGCAUACCACCACUCGAAAGAGGGGUGUCCUUUUCUUUUUUUUUGAGACUUUUCGUAAUCAAAUUCACCUCAUUCGAUGACAGAGUUUGCAUUGUGUAAUAUGAACCAAAUGUUUUGUGAAAACUGCGUUGAAACACAUACUUGACAUAUCCAUUUAAAAAAAAAAAAAAAAAAUAUAUAUAUAUAUAUAUAUAUAUAUAUAUAUGAACCCCCCUUCGAUAUCCUUUGGGCAAAUUCCUUCCCAUCCCUCUCCCCCUGAAAAGCCUCUCAUUGUUCAGAGUGAGGAUGGGGGUAGCGAGUUCUGUGGUGGGGCCUGUAUUGGUGGGCCUGGGCAGGGAAGCCAGUGAUCCUGUGAUGGGCAGUUGGACGGCUAGUGGAGUGUGUGUGUGUGAGGUGGCAUAUAAAGACUGACCUCUCAGGGGACUCGGGGCCAUUCUAUUACAGCCGUUUUAUUAAAGUUCAAAUACAUGAAUGAAAGCUUGUUCCGCGUAGCACACAAGCCCCUGGAAGCAAUGCAAGCAUCCGUAGCCAAGACCAAUCAGAGGGUCACUUGUUUUUCUUUCGCUCUCUGCCUUCGUUCCCUUCUGCUGGUAUGGUUUCUCCUCAGUUCCCUUUCCCCAUUAGUUUUUUUUUUUCCUCACAGCAUGGCUACUGACUUAUUUUUUUAGAUAAAAAAGAAAGGUAAACUUUGGAAGAUUUUUUUUUUUUGUAUUUAAUUGUAUUUACAGUAUAAAGGUUUUUAUUUUUAAUCUGACAUUUGUUAAUCUAUAUACCAGGAGGAUGCCCAGAUGAAAUCUAGACUCCAAGCUGGGGCAGUGUUGGCCCUCUGACGCAAAUCUCUCAAACCCUGGGCUGGUUUGGUCGUGGGGAAAGGUGGGAGUUUUCUGUAGGUUGCACUGUGUUUAUGCCAAUCAGAGAUUCCACAUGGUUACUGAGAGGUUGAGGUUGUAACUUGAAGGGAACGAUGUCGAGGGUAUCUGAGACAUGUCCGUUCAUCUGUGAGGGGGAGGACCAGUGUAGCAGCCCCGCCCCCACUACCCCUACUGGGCCACCUCCCAUCCCUCUGACUCUACCUGACUCCUGUCCUUGUGUGUGCGUGUGUGUGUGUGUGUGUGUGUGAGACUUUGAAUGACUUACCUUGGCGGUUUCCAGCUAAUUUGUUUUUCUCACUUCCAGGGAUAUGGUUGUGUGUUUUGGCUUGUGAAUUAGUUUUUUUGCCUGUGUUUGGGGACAUUGUCAGGGAUGGGAGGAUGAAGUUUGUCAGGGAUGAGAACUGGGCCAGCAGCUGUUAAGGGUUGGGGGAAACGUUCGAGAGACCAAGCAUUCCAUCACAUUCAAUUUGACGUCGAUACAAUGAAAACUGGUGGCCAAAUAAAUAAAUAAAAAUCUGUAAAAAUUA